CCCCAUUUCCCGCAGAUUGUUUUUUGUAUCCUGUCUCUCUAUAUAUUUUGAGUUUCAAAGUUAAAAAAUGCUAAAGCAAAUUUGAGGUGUAGCAGAAACAAUGGAGGUUCAGUCUGCUACCUUUGAGCACGUGUUGGGGGAGUCUUUGGUGGUUCAUACUCUUCUUACCACUGUCAAAUCUCUCUUCACUUUUCUCUUCAUGACUGGAUCUCUUCUUACAGCUGUGGAUAACUUAGUGUCACCAAUUGAUGGAAGGUUUCCCUUUGAUCAACUAUGCAAGAGAAAACAUACUUGUGAAGAAAAUAAGGAUGGUAGCGAUACAGAAGAUGAUGAUGGCGAUGAUGAAGACGAAGAUGACAUAGAUGAUGGAGAAGAUGAUGACGACGACGAUGAGAAUUUCUCUGGUGAUGAAGGUGGGGAGGAAGAUGAUUCUGAUGAGGAUCCCGAGGCCAAUUUUGGAGGUAAGAAAGAUGACAAGGAUGAUGAUGAUGAUGAAGAUGACGAAGACGAUAAUGAUGAAGAAGAUGAAGAUGAAGAUGAUGAAGAUGAGAAGGAAGAAGAGGAGGAAGAGGAAUCUCCUCAACCACCUAGUAAGAAGAGGAAAUGAGAAUAUUGUAGUAGACAAGUUCUCAUGUGCCAUUGUUAGUACUGUCUAGAUUUUAGUCAAAUUUAGGUAUUAGGACAAAGAUUUAUCAUCUUGGACCUGUCACUCCAUGUUUUUGUCGUUUAAUAUUAUAAUUUAUGGACUAUCAUUAGUGCGUUCUCAUGUUACAGUAGUGUUUUAGAAACUAUUUUAAUACUAUUGUUAACAAAAAAUGUUCGUUUUGUAAUUCUGAUUUAUAUUCAAUUGGUAUUGGAGGUAGCAUUCUGGAGAAUGA